AUGUCACAAAUAUCCUCUUGUGCUAUUCCAGGCUUGGUGGAGCUUACGAACUCAUAUACUGCGCGUUGCUCACAUGACAAUUGUGUAUCGAAAUUAUUUCGGCGGAAGUUGAUCGAUAAUACCAUUGCAUUUGCUGUUAAACACCAUCUUAACGGCACUAAAAUUGUAAUAACUCAGCAACAACUGCGCGUUAUGUGA